AUGUUCUCCAAAUUUGCAUCCGACUUGUCGAAGUCGUUCAAUUCGAAUAUCACGAACAAUUAUUCGCUAAGCCAGGAGCCAACGUCAUUCUCAGGGCCAUGGAAGAUAUACGAUGCGAAGGGAAAGAAGACUAAGAAGGCCGUAUCGGUCUUUAUAUUCGAAAAGAAGUCGCUAGAGCCCCCAGGAGGGGCGAGCUUAGGUGGGCGUUCGUCGGGCGGUUCAGGACUCAAGCGGGCGCAUGAGGAGGUCGUGGAAAGACUCAAGAAAGAGGCAAGCUCUCUAGCUCGGCUACGACACCCCAGUGUCCUCGAGCUGGUCGAGCCAGUCGAAGAUACCCGAGGCGGGGGCUUGAUGUUUGCAACAGAGCCUGUAACAGCGUCGCUCGCUGGUUUGCUUCAAGAGAAAGACGAGCAGGAGAAGGCAGGCAGCGUUGGCGGUCGCAGAAGUCGAUACGUUAUCGAAGAGGAAAAUGGUCAGAAGCGGAGGCGUGAGCUCGAAAUCGACGAACUGGAGAUACAAAAAGGCCUGCUGCAGGUUGCGAAGGCGCUGGAGUUCUUGCAUGAGAGCGCAGGCUUGGUGCACGCCAACCUGACGCCUGAAGCUAUAUUCGUAAAUGCUAAAUCCGACUGGAAGAUAUCCGGUCUGUCGUUCUCCACACCGCCCGAUAACUCCACGAAAGCCACGUCUGUAUCGCCCAUAUCGCUUUCCGAAGUCUUGAACUACGACGCAAGACUGCCUGCAUAUGUUCAGUUGAACCUGGACUACACUUCACCAGAUUUUGUCAUGGACGGCAACGUCACACCGGCAGCAGACAUGUUCUCGCUGGGCAUGCUAAUCAUCGCCUUGUACAACUCUCCACACAAGAGCCCGAUGGAGUUUCAUGGCAGUACAAGCUCAUACAAACGAGCAUUUUCGGUACAGUCAUCGGUGCCCAACAGGACGAACAACUUCAUGUCCUCACAGCCCAUGCCGCGAGAUGUGGUCACUGGAGUACUGGACCGACUGAUCACCAGAAGGCCAGCUCAACGGAUCAACGCUCGAGAAUUCCAGCAAGCACAGUACUUUGACAAUAUCCUAGUGUCUACUAUCCGCUUCCUUGAUUCUUUACCUGCCAAGACGCCCAAUGAGAAGCAACAGUUCCUUCGUGGACUGCCUAGGAUAUUGAAGGAGUUCCCGAAGUCAGUUAUGGAGAAGAAGGUGUUGCCGGCUCUGCUUGAGGAGACGAAGGAUCGCGAGCUUCUGGCAUUGGUCCUACAAAAUUGUUUCAAGAUCAUACAAAUGCUGCCAGCCGGGAAGCGCGCCUUCACCGAGAAAGUCAUUCCGAAACUGAGAGAAACAUUUUUGGCUCCUUCCAAGGGUCCUGCUCAAGAGCGUGACAGUCUGAAAGAAGCUGGCUUGAUGGUUCUUUUGGAGAAUAUAUCGGUGGCCGCAGAGAACUGCGGUGGAAAGGAGUUCAAGGACGACAUUCUGCCCAUCGUGAAUUACGCUCUUGAGUCGCCUACCCACUCACUGGUAGAUGCCGCUCUGCGUACACUUCCCGUGGUCCUACCGAUCCUCGACUUUUCGACGAUUAAGAACGAAUUGUUCCCCGUCAUUGCGACGAUUUUCGCCAAGACCAGUAGCAUGGGCAUCAAGAUACGUGGAUUGGAGGCUUUUCGAACCCUGUGUGGCGGUGGAGGCGACGAACAAGACGGAUUUCAAGGCGAUGGUCUGACUGGGGUUGUCGAAGCUGCAAAGCCAAAAUCAAAUGUGUCGAUCCUGGACAAAUAUACGAUACAGGAGAAGGUUGUGCCACUACUGAAAGGCAUCAAGACCAAAGAGCCUGCGGUGAUGAUGGCAGCUUUGGACGUGUUCAAAGCGAUUGGUCCUCAGGUCGACAGCGACUUUCUUGCGGUCGACAUUCUUCCAAUCCUAUGGCAAUUCAGUCUUGGUCCACUGCUUAACCUUAACCAGUUUCAGGCUUAUAUGAUGCAGAUAAAGUCACUAUCCGCGCGGGUUGAGAAUGAACAGACUCGGAAGCUGCAGGAACUUGGAGCAAGCAAUGCACCUGCAACUUCGCGGAAUGAAUUCAUGAGCUUUGGUGGUCUGCCUGCAGCCAACGGUCUGGAUAUUACUAACGGGGACGGAGGCAGCGAUUUCGAGGCACUUGUCCGUGGAAAUCAGGGCGCAACCACUGGGACCGACAUGCUUGGUAGUGAUCCUUGGGCGAAUGCUCCAGCUUCGGCAUCGUCCUCGAGCAUGUUGCCGUCAAGGCCUGCCGCAAAUCGCGUCGGGUCAGCCAGAAAUGCUUCGCCAGCCCCAGCAUUUUCCUGGUCAACACCUCCAGUGUCUCCUCCACCGACCAACCUUACUGCCCCGCAAGCGCAGGGAGGACUCAGGACCAUUACACCGGACAGUUCCAUGAACUCGUUGAAUUCGGCUUUCCCAGCAAUGGCACCCGCAAACCCAGGUAUUGGGUCGUCAUUUCCUCAAAAUCAGCAGAGACCAGCUUUGGGUAUGGGCGGCACGAUGUCUCCCACAACAACAACUCCGUCCUAUACCACGCAAAGUUCGGGUAUCGACUGGAGCAAAGCAAGUGGGUCUUCUUCCCUCAGCUCAAACCCAUGGAGUAGCUCAGGCACAACGCCGAACACAGCAGGCAGUCUGUCGAGCUUUUCCAUGGCUUCUCCGCCAGCACAGUCGCAAGCCCAGCAGAGCAAUCCAUACUCAUCGUUCAGCAUCGCACCUCCUCCAAUAAAAGCGACAAACUCAUUUGGCAUUCCGCCUCCUCCUAGCACUGGGAACACGUUCAGCCUAGCUCCGCCGCCGAGCAUGGGCGCAAGAGCGAACAGUGGAAUGAGCAUGAAUAGCAUGGCAUCGAGGAUGGCGCAACCACCAAAUCAACAACAACAGAAACCCUCUUCAACGCCCAGCUGGGGAAGCGGUGGAGACAGUUUGAUAUGA